GGUGUGAUCAGUGGGCAGAUUUGGUGUAAUAUCGAUGAAAAUGUAACCGCUUUCGUGUAUUCUGUUUGACUGCACAUUCUAUGGUAUUGUAAGACAGCUUGGCUUAUAGUCUGCUCUUGAUGUCAUGACGGAUAGUCGAGACUAUAUCGUACAACAAUGAUUUUUAAAUACGGCUUUCGUAGCCAACAAGCUGUGAAAAUGCUCGCAUGUGUUCCUGACUUGCAUGCUGCGAACAUGCAGAUGUAAUUCCUCCAUUAAAUGCCUUUAAUGGAGGCUUUCAUUAGUCUCUUUCAUUAGCUUUCAUACCAGGCUUUCAUUAGUCUCGGUCAAGUUGUCACACCUUCAUGCAAAUAACGUAACAGUCGUUCACCCGGGAUUCAGGGACUUUCGUCAAAGAUGGUUUCCACGGCAACAAUUAACAACUUAAAUUUACAAAUCACGUCAGUUACCAUCUUCAAACAAAAGAAGAACGAAAAGAUUACAAGGACUUCCGCACGAAAUGCUUGGAGGCAACAACAGUCUUGUGCAUGCGAGGUAAAGAAGUGUAAAAAGUUCGAAGGAAAUUCAAACGAGUUUUUAACUUCAAGUCAUCUCCUGACAAAAUCAUCACAUCACCUUUGUCUAAAGAAACAAAAGGAAGUCUGAGUAGUUUAUGCGAGUUUGUUUGAUGCCGUGUCUAGUAGGAUGGCUCACCAGAGCACGCGGCAAAAAAUACCAGCCCGGGAUAGCAAAACACAACAAGAAAUCGACCGACAGCACACCUUGCUAGCUGCAGAUCUGGACAAGAGAGCUUUGAAAGGGAAUGCAAAAGUGGAAGACUGGCGUCAUUACAAAGAGUUCGCAGGGUUGUCGAAGAAGGAGAAACGAGAACGAUUCCAAAUUCAACUAAAGCGCAAUGAAAUUUUGGACGACUUAAAGAAAGUUCGACAAGGAUGUACAGGACAUUACGAUGAAUCGAAGUCUCCAAUAGAAAAUAUCCAGAGCGCUUUAAAACAGCAGUUUUUAACACCGUUGAGAAGUUCAAGGCUAGAUGUUCCUCAUGCUUAUCCAGUAAGAAAGACUAAAUCGAUGGAACAUAUGCCCGUUGAAAAAUCUGGAUGUGUGUCACAAAGGGAAAGUGAAAUUCAACAAAGACCCGAAAGCGUGCAUUUGGUAAAGAAACCUACCCACAAGCGGACCUGUAGUAACAAGUGAAUUCUUAGGAGCAUGUAUUGGUGAAGUACAUCUCGUUCUAGGAAGGAAGAACCACGGUACUGGAUCAGAUUUUAUUUGAAACAACUUCGAGAACUUAAGAGAAGAAACAGAACAGAAGAAUAAGUUGACAUUGAAUCUGAUCAAAACAAUGAAGACAACAAUGUAUACAGUUUUAGCUGAAAUAAUGGACAGUCCCAACUCAUUUACUGAGCUGAAGGAAAGAUUUCGCACAUGAAGCGCCAACAAAUUAGAUGCCCUAGCGCAUUUGAUUUAAAUCACCUUUCAAUUCAUGCAAAGAGGUGGAAAAAAGGGUUGUCGAUGUUUACCUUUUGUUUGAUUGUAGAAAGUGCUUGCAAAUAACAAACGUAAACUCAUAAUCUAAUUGCCUUGGUAAUAAAACUUGGCUGACUGUUAUUUGA